AUGAUAAUUUAUAACCUUUCUCAAACUACUUAUUUGUAUUUAAUAUCUAUCCGCAUGAACAAAGUUCUAGUUUCAUCUAAUAAAACUAGUCAAGACUUAAUUGAAACAAUACAAUAAUUCAAGAAUCACCUGUACUAUAAAUAGAUUUCCUAAAAUAGGUCUUAGUAACACCUAGACAUAUUAGAAGGGGAGUAUUCAUUCGCAAACUAUAAUCAAAUUCUUUUUCUCUAGUACAUUGUCGUCAACUAAUAGAGAAAAAAGUCUUAAAAUUAAUAAAUUUUCGACAAUUCAAAAGUUUAAUUGCAAGCCAUCAGACUAGACUCACAUAUAGUUUCGGGAGACAGAGGUGACAAUCAAUAUGAUACAAGAGUAUUCAAAUCAUAAACGAAUAUAAAGUAAGCUGGUGAAGAAUAGUAUGUUUAUAUUUGA